GAUUAGUCAAUAAAUUUUGGAGACAAAAAUUUAUCCCAUUAUAAAAUUUAAUUAGGUGGCCAUAUUUAGAUACUGGACCUAAUAUAAUUUUAUUUAGUAAUUUUCGGAAUUACUGUUUGGGGUAUUUUUAUAUUAUUCUUAUUAAGUAGUUUAUGUGUAGAAUACUUGUUAUUUGUGCCAUAAACACUUAAUAUUUAUGAAAAUUAGAUUUUAUAUUUUCUGGGAUAUGGCAAACAACAACACAAACAACCUUGCCCUGCGUUCCAUUCUCGAUAAAGACAAAUUGAACGGAACAAACAAUCUCUCCAUUGUUCUCCGCAUGGAUGAGAAAGAGUAUGUGCUCGAAAAGCCCAUUCCUCCGGCCCCUCCCACUAACGCCUCAAAAGCGGUUAAAGAUGCCUACAAGAAACACGUCAAGGAUGACAACCAGGUUAGCUGUGUCAUGCUGGCUACCAUGAUAACCGAUCUGCAAAAAAAGCACGAUGACAUGAAGGCCCACGAGAUGAUCGUGGCCUUGCGGCAGCUAUACCAGGGACAAUCCAGGCAUGAACGUUUUCUCGUGAGUAAGGCUCUCUUUAGUUGCAAGCUCUCUUCAGGGAACCCGGUCGGUCCGCACGUUCUCAAAAUGAUUGGUUACAUAACCAAUCUAGAGAAACUCGGGUUCUCCUUGCAGAAGGAGCUGGCAACGGACCUGAUCUUGCAGCCUCUCUCUAAGCUGUAUAAGGGUUUUGUCAUGAACUACAUGAUGCAUGAUCUUGACAAAUUCCUUCCGGAGCUUCUUAAAAUGCUCCAGACUGCAGAGGAGAACCUUACUAAGGGCAAGGGUGCUUCCGUCCUUAUGGUCCAAGGCGGAAAGGGGAAGCCGAAGAAGGGGAUUAAGAUUAAGGCUAGGACGGUCGGAAAGCCUAAAUCGAAGUCCACUUCAUCUGCAACCCAGAAACCUGUAGGAGGAGUUGCAAAGGGCAAAUGUCAUCACUGUGGUAAGGCAGGCCACUAGAGGAGAAACUGCAAGACAUACCUCGCAACCAAGAAGAAGGAAGGUACGGCCAUUUCUUCUGAGGUGUAUGUUAUAGAAGUUAACAUGUCUAUAUCUUCAUCAUGGGUACUAGAUACUGGAUGUGGGUCUCAUAUAUGUACUACCAUGCAGGGACUGAAGCAGAGUAGACGGUUAGCUCGAGGCGAGAUUGAACUCCGAGUCGGCAAUGGUGCACCUGUUGCAGCUUUGGCAAUUGGAACUUAUAGUUUAGUCUUGCAUAGUGGUCUAAUGUUGGAAUUAAAUGACUGUUUGUAUG